AUGGACUCUCUCGUGGCAGCCAACACCAAAUUUUGCUUUGAUCUUUUCCAGGAGAUAAGCAAAGAUGAUCCUCAUAAAAACAUCUUCUUCUGUCCUCUAAGCCUCUCAGCUGCCCUUGGCAUGGUCCGCCUGGGGGCCAGAAGCGAGAGUGCACAGCAGAUCGACCAGGUACUACACUUCAAUGAAUUUUCCCAGAAUGAAAGAAAAGAACCCGACCCCUGUCUGAAAAGCAAAAAGCAGGAAGUGCAGGGGGACAGCCCUCUGGAGGCACAGAAAGAAACAACGGAGCCUCUGACCCUACAGGAUGAGUCUUCCAGUGAUGAGAGUGGACUGCUCAGUUGCUACUUCGGGAAGCUUCUCUCCAAGAUAGACAGGAUCCGGGUUGAUUACACCCUAAGUAUUGCCAAUAGGCUUUACGGUGAGCAGGAAUUCCAGAUCUGUCCGGAAUACUUAGAUGGUGUGAUUGAAUUUUACCACACGACCAUUGAAAGUGUUGAUUUCCGGAAGGACUCCGAGAAGUCCAGACAACAGAUUAACUUUUGGGUUGAAUCUCAGUCCCAAGGUAAGAUCAAGGAACUCUUCAACAAGGAUGCAAUUGACAGUGCGACGGUGCUGGUGUUGGUGAAUGCUGUUUACUUCAAGGCCAAAUGGGAAAAAUAUUUUGACCCUAAAAACACAGUUGAUGCCCCUUUCUCUCUAAAUGAGAAUGAAAAGAGGACUGUGAAGAUGAUGAACCAAAAGGGCCUGUUUCGAAUUGGUUUCAUAGAGGAGUUGAAGGCACAGAUCCUUGAAAUGAGGUAUACCAAGGGGGCACUCAGCAUGUUCGUCCUGCUGCCUUCUUGCUCUGCAGAUAAUGUGAAGGGCCUGGAAGAGCUUGAAAGGAACAUCACUCAUGAAAAAAUAGUGACCUGGAGCAGCUCAGAGAAUAUGUCAGAAGAAACAGUAGACGUCUCCUUCCCGCAGUUCACCCUGGAAGAUAGCUACGAUCUCAAUUCUAUUCUACAGGACAUGGGCAUCACGGAUAUCUUUGAGGAAGGGAAGGCUGAUCUUACUGGAAUCUCUCCAAGUCCCAAUUUGUACCUUUCAAAAGUUUUCCAUAAAACCUUUGUGGAGGUGAAUGAAAAUGGCACCCAGGCAGUUGCUGCCAGUGGGGCUGUUGGCACAGGAAGGUCCAUACCUUCCUGGGUGACGUUUACUGCCGAUCACCCUUUUCUCUUUUUCAUCAGACACAACAAAACCCAAACUAUUCUAUUCUAUGGCAGGGUCUGCUCUCCCUGA